UGUGUGUCAGGGAAGAAGGCUCUAGCCGUGGCUGGAGGAAUGCAGCAAUGGCUCUCAACCAUCGUUAUAUUAUGUCGGUGGUUGCUCUGUUGCUGACCCUGGAGCCUACACAUGCUCAAGGCAGCUGUGAUCUCUCUCGUGGGAGGUGGGUUCCUGAUUCCUCUGCGCCGCUGUACACGAGCAGCUCUUGCCCUUUGAUCAAACGCGCGGAGAACUGCCAGGCGAACGGGCGGCCGGACAAGGGAUACGAGAACUGGAGAUGGAAGCCCGAGCGGUGCGCUCUCCCGCGCUUUGAUGCAAGGAGGUUUCUGAAGCUGAUGAGGGGCAAGACACUUGCUUUCGCUGGGGAUUCGAUUGCUCAGAACCAGAUGGAGUCUCUCCUUUGCAUCCUAUGGCAGGUGACCACAUAUAUACUUCACUGGUACUACUACUAUAUUACUAAUGGUUUGAUAGAUGUUGGCAGGGUGGACACCCCAAUAAACCUUAGCGAUCGUAGGAUGAGUAGGUGGAUCUUCAAUUCAACCUCAACAACUAUCAUCCGCAUUUGGUCUCCUUGGCUAUUACACAAUUCAAAAGAAGCUUUGGGAAUUGCUCCCGACGGCCUUAGUAAGGUUUUCCUCGAUGUCCCAGAUAAGACUUUGAUGGAACUUCUCCCAAGUUUCGAUGUGAUAGUCCUCUCUUUUGGACACUGGUUUGUCACACCAUCAGCCUAUAUCCUGAAUGGCAAGGUUGUUGGAGGACAGAGCUGGUGGCCUCUUCAAGCUGGAAAGAUGCAGAUGAACAACAUUGAUGCUUUUGGUGCAUCCACUGAGACUUGCCUAACGGCUGUGGCUACUAAACCAAAUUUCAAAGGUAUAGCUAUUUUGAGCACAUACUCACCAGACCAUUACGAACGUGCGACAUGGAAUGUAGGUGGAUCAUGCACCGGGAAGGUUAAGCCCUUGGACAAGGCGGUGAGGGAUGGAUUCAUAGAUGCAAUGCAUGAAAAACAAGUUGCAAGCUUCAGAAAGGUAGUCAAGAAUUCUGGCAAGCAAGGUUCCAAGUUGAAACUGAUGAGCAUUACAAAACCCUUUGCCUUAAGGGUUGAUGGGCAUCCUGGACCAUACACAAAUCUGGACCCAAACAAGAUGACUCAAAGAGGGCCGGAUGGAAGGCCUCCACCUCAGGAUUGUCUGCAUUGGUGCAUGCCUGGACCUAUAGAUAAAUGGAAUGAUAUGUUAUUUGAGACCAUACAAAGAUAACCGGAAGAUAUAAGAUUUGGAGAAAGAAGUCUUGGUGGUUACUUGCCAUCAUCUAACCUGAUGUGUGCAAUAGCGUUUGACACAUCAUCCAUUUUGAUGUUCUUUCACCGCAAAUAGUGAUAACUACACCCUCGUGGAGUGUAUAGUAGAGGAUAUUUUGGCAUGAUUGAGCAUGCGAUUUGGAUUUUCCAAUUCAAUUCGAUUGUCAAGAGAGGUUGACAGCUGAUUUGUAUCUUGUAAAGUUGGUUGUACUUUUUGCAUGACACAAUUGUCGGAAUUGGA